AUGGUAUACCAGUCACCACAAAAUAUACAUACAGAGUUGGUUUCUGUAUUACCCAACAGAAAUGCUCAAUUAUUGUCAUUGUUGAAAUCUAGGGAAUCGUUCACAGAUGGAGGCGAACCUUUUGCUGCUCCAAUUGAUGAAAGUUUGUUUCCUUCACCUCCAAUGUCUCCUCUUUUAUUUCCUCCAUGUAAAAAGGAUCCAGUUCCUGGAUCUUUUGAUUUGUCAUCAAGAAAUCCCAUCAUAAAAGUAGUUCCUUCGUGGACAGAAGAUAUAAAUGCUAAUUGUUAUCGUAAAAGCAAUUUAAAUUUUCUUUCUCAGUAUAGAUCUUUCAAGACUUCAGGUGGUAAUUCUCCUACUCUGUAUAGUACUAAUAUCAGCGGUAGAGGCAGGCCCAGCGGCGGAAAACGUUUAAGAGCCAAAGAAGGCCAGCUCGCUGUUAACAAUGAUCACGUUUAUAGAACCAGAGGCUUAGCAAGAAAAAGAACAAAUAAGGCUGCUUCAACGCCCCAAUUUGGAAGAAAUGAAGAUGUUGGAGAUAAUGAAGAAAACUGUGAUUCUGAUGAGAAUUCUAAAAAAAACCUUUUGAUUAAGAAACCAGUUACUCCAAUAAAACGUAUCAGGAAACCAGCAACCUCGGCUAUCUCACCUUUAGCAUCGAUCAACGCAAUCGGUGAAAUCCAACAAUAUAUCCCAAAAGUUUCUUGCAAUAAACUCCCCGAUUAUUCGCCAUCUUUAUCUACGUUAAAAGGUAAGCCAUUAAAUUGUUUAAGUGUUGAAUGGAAGGGGUCCCAAAUGGAUCUCUCCACAGACCUAUUGAAAGAUCAAUUACAUCCAUCUGAAUUGGUAUUAGCUCAAAUUUUACGUCUCCCAUGUGAUCUUUACAUUGAUUCUAAGAAAAGGCUAUUUUUAGAGAAAGUUUAUCGUCUGAAAAAACGGUUGCCAUUCAGAAGAACAGAUGCACAAAAGGCAUGCAAGAUCGAUGUUAAUAAGGCAUCGCGGUUAUAUACAGCUUUUGAAAAGGUUGGUUGGUUAAAUGAUUCAAAUUUUAAUAAAUUCUUAUAA